UCCGUCCCCGGGAGCUACGCAGGCGCAGAGCGGCGCAGGGCCGCGGCGGCCGCUCCCUGGCUGGCAGUGCUCGCUAAGAUGGCGGAUUUCCUGCCAUCGCGGUCCCCGCUGUCGGGCUGCUUCCCGGGCUGCCUGCUCAACAGCAGCGAGGCGGAGCAGCAGCGAAAGUCCAAAGAGAUCGACAAGUGCCUGUACCGCGAAAAGACCUACGUCAAGCGGCUCGUCAAGAUCCUGCUGCUGGGCGCGGGCGAGAGCGGCAAGAGCACCUUCCUCAAGCAGAUGCGCAUCAUCCACGGGCAGGACUGGGACCGGGCCGCUCGAGAGGAGUUCCGCGCCACCAUCUACAGCAACGUCAUCAAGGGUGUAAGAGUCCUUGUGGAUGCUCGAGAGAAACUUCAUAUUCCUUGGGGAAAUCCUUCUAACCAAAGAAAUGGUGACAUGCUGAUGGCCUUUGAUACCCGCUCAGGAGUGGUGGCGCACGGAAUGGUGGAGACCCAAGUUUUUUUGCAGUUCCUUCCAGCAAUAAGAAGCUUGUGGGCAGAUAGUGGUAUCCAGCAUGCCUACGACAGACGCAGAGAAUUUCAGCUGGGGGAAUCUGUGAAAUAUUUUCUGGAUAACUUGGAUAAACUUGGAGAACAAGACUAUCUUCCCUCCCAGCAAGAUAUUCUACUGGCACGAAGACCUACAAAAGGGAUUCAUGAGUAUGAUUUUGAGAUUAAAAAUGUUCCCUUCAAGAUGGUUGAUGUAGGUGGCCAAAGGUCAGAGCGAAAACGUUGGUUUGAAUGCUUUGACAGCGUCACUUCUAUAUUGUUCCUGGUUUCAUCGAGUGAAUUCGACCAGGUACUUAUGGAGGAUCGACUAACAAAUCGCCUUACAGAAUCUCUGAACAUUUUUGAAACUAUAGUCAACAACCGGGUUUUCAGCAAUGUCUCCAUAAUCCUCUUCCUAAACAAGACAGACUUACUUGAGGAAAAAGUGCAAAAAGUGAGCAUCAAAGACUAUUUCCCAGAGUUUGAAGGGGAUCCCCACAACUUAACAGACGUCCAAAAAUUCCUGGUGGAUUGUUUUCGCACGAAACGCCGGGACCAGCAGCAGCAGAAGCCCUUGUACAACCACUUCACCACUGCUAUUAAUACAGAAAAUAUCCGCCUGGUAUUCCGUGAUGUAAAGGAUACCAUCCUUCAUGACAACCUCAAGCAACUCAUGCUACAGUGAUGCGCAGCAACAACAAAAAACUUUGAUUUGUGUUAAUAGUUUACAGCAGGAGUUGGAAAAAGGUCUUGUCCGACCUCAUGAUGUGUGGGGUAAAGCUGCUGCUGUUCCAGUUAAUUGCCAACUUCUCUCAAAAUUCAGGCUUAAAUCUUUUCCGCUAUAUCUCGUGUCUUGAAAGAGUUUUCAUUUCUUAACAGACCUCAACUUUUUUAAAGCUAACUCACAAGUUUUAACCUCUUCCCUCUUUUCAGCCUGACGAAGCCUGUACUCCAAUAACAAGUAACUUGUAGACAUGCAGUUUAAAGAAUUUACUUCGGAAACUUGAUUAAGUUUAAAAAGCAGUUUGGCAUGUGAAAGGGCUAUAGAAGAGAUUUGUAUAACUCUGGACUGCUCUCCAAGCUUGGCCAACCACCACCGUCAGUUCUUUGUGGCAAAUAGCUCCACCCUGUCAAAUAAUUAAGCUGUCUUUGAAGUUUACAAAUGCAUUUUUGCUUCCAUGCCAAUAUAGGAUGUUCGCCAAAUGGUACCAGAAAGGAGGUCCACCACCCGGGAAUUUUUUAAUCAAAAAGAAUCAUGCAAAGGGACUUCUGAUCUUAAUUGGUCGUUGUUAGAUCAUGUGGUUUGACAAAAAAAUCUAUGCUUUAAGUUUGGAACUAACUAGCUUAAAUCGCACAGCUGUUUGCAGCUUUAGAUGUCUGCCAGUUGCUGUGAAUUAACUGUUUUAAGAAUGUUCCUUGAGGAUUUUUUUUAUUGUUGUUGUUCAGUUAGCUCAUACAUUAUGGUUUGGAUGAUGGAGGAAACCAAGCAAGAGAUUUGUUUCUGUUAAGCAGCAGCAGUGUUUAUAGAUGUCAGGUGCAUCUAUAGUGUUGACAAUACUGAGAAUGCACAUAACUGUAUUAAUAUACAGGACUGAAUAUUAUAUUGCUGGCCAAAAAUGCAGAAAGUGAUUAUCAAACAUUAUAAGGGAACUGAAUGAUAACCUUGAAAUGCCAUAUUGCAAGACAGUGAAAUUUUAAAAGGCCUCCACUUUCCACCUCAGUUGCUGCACACCUCAAUAACUCAGCCUUGUAAACACCUCAUUCACUGAAAACACAACAGUUUUGUGGAACUAACUGCCUUUUUUCAUCUCAAUUCUGAGGAGGCUAGUGACAUUUUCGAUUUCUCAGGUGUUGGUUUAAAAGCCCAUAUGCUACUAGUUACUCUGGGUUUCCAAGUUAACUGUAAACAUAACUUUAUGCUAUGCUUUAAAGGGAACAUCUACAAAAGCAAUGGAUACUUAUGCCUGUUCUAACGCUUUACUCUCAUAAAUGUUUUAAUGGUUAACAUGAUCAGAGAUUAGCAGCACAGUUCCCCCUUUUUUUGUUACACAGGCCAAAUUUGAUGCAUUGCUAUUGUAAUUCCGUAAUAUUUGUGUAAGGAAGUCAGUCAGCAAAAUCCAUAGGUUUGAAACCAAUUUAGUUUUGCUGUCUAGAUCCAGGUAACUUGAGAGCUCGUGCCAAUUAAGUGCUUUAAUAGAACAGGCUCAGUGUGGAAUAGUGAGCCUAUUACAGCAUCAGAAAACACUGUUAAUUGAUGCAGAAUCCUUUAACCUAAAGUGCCUCUUAAUUGCUUUUCCUUGCGGUGGCCUUAACACAAAUGCCAAUGUUUCAGAUUGUGGCCUUUUGUGGGGUGGGGACUCCAUUGCCAGGUUAAACUUAGCUACAGCACAGAGAUGUUGCAUAUUUGCUAGAAAAUACUAAAAAUAAAAAUGAAACCACCCACUCAGAUAUUCUGAAGUGUAACAGUAUAGGUGUAGGUGUUCUGAGGAUAAUACUUCUCCCACUCCUGUAUUCUUUCAGGAGUCAAUCAAAAUCGGUAUGCAAAGCGCUUUUUGCUAGUCUUCUAAGUAAUAUAUAGUUAAGGGCAGUAUUUGUUUUUAAAUGUGUUAACAAAUCAUGAUUUAUGUGGAACUACAAGCAAAUAGGAAGAAACAAAAUGGUUUCAUUGGCUCAGUUUUAUAAUAUUGCUUUUUUUUAAAUAAAUUUUUUAUUGAUUUUCCAACAUAAAAUAAACACAAUACACUUCACAAUACAUCAACAAACAAACAGUUUUAUAAUAUUGCUAAUGGGUAUAGUUUUUAAAGUGCGUGGUGCACAAAUUUCCCAUUGUACUCCAGAAAAAUGGCUAGAAGUGGAGAGAUUUGGAGUAUUUGGCUUUUUUAACCAAAAGGAGACAUUUGGGGGUGGGGCUGCAAAUUUAAUUAAGGGAACUGGGGAGGAGAGGGGUGGUCCUUUCCCAGCUGGCAGCUUUCCCACUCAGUCUCACACAUACACAGCUGCUUUUCCUCCACAGCUUGGUGGUGGGGGUGUAAUUUUGAUAGGAAAAUGAGCUAGAGGGAAAAGAGUGAAGCAGCCCCUGGCUACUCAUCCGCUUAACCUUUCAUGGCAACUUCAAAAAAGUCAUGGGAAAGAUACACACAACUGUGUGUCAUGUCUAGUUUGCAUUUUCAGAUGUCACUUUCAAAUGCAGGGCUGGUUUGCAAGAACACUUUUUCUCAAGUGUCGUUUAACAAAAUGCUUCCAAAAUGCUUCUGCAAAUUCUGGGAUUUGUAUUUAAGUAAAAUUAGAGGUUUGUUUUCAUUCUAACCUCCGUGGAAUAAACAUGGAGUGAUCUUGCAUAUAAUAUUUUAGACUGUAACAAAAAUCUGAAAUAAAACAUUGAAUGUCAAAAUUCUUUUAAAAAUGCAGUAGAAAAAUUAAGGCAAUUGAUCUUUUUAAACAACAAAAAACAAGUCUUAACAUGCCUUAUUUUGGAGUAGCACUGUAUAAACAGCCACUUUUCAAAGCUUAGGGAACCCUCUUUUCUCACUGAAGUGCAGGAUGGGACUACUGCUGCCCCACUCUCAGGCUUCUUGAAAAGUUCACUGCCGUGUGGGAGAGCAGUUUGAAGAACCCAAAAACUAGAGGGAGACUUUGAAAACAGCCUUUGAAGACAAGGUGAUGGUUGCACACUCUCAAGAUGCUUUUCACUUAAACCAAAUGUGAUUUUCUUGUAAGAUUAUUUGGAAACUUAUCUUAAGAAGAAGCCUAGGUUGAAUCCAGACUUGGUCAUAGUUGGAAAAUUAUGGGACUCUUCCCAUAAAGAUUUCAGUGGAUCUGUUCUAAGCAUGACUAAGUCCACAUCCAAUUCAUUGGCAGCAAAUUCUUGCUUGAGCCCCUGAUUAGAUUUUCUUUGUGCUAGAGUCAACUGCACAAAGACCAGGUUUUUUUAAUAGGCCUUUUUCUGGUACCACAACAAAGACAUCCCUAAGACCAGACUUGUAAAGAUGACACAGCAUUGCAAUACUGCCAUUUGCAGUUUUCUUUUAUCUUGUACUUGAAAGCAAAUUGCCACUUAUUUAAAACUGCUUUCUCAUUCUUCAAGAACAUUGAGAGCUUACAUUCUAGAAACCUUUUCUCUAAAAAUAUAUUUGGUAACAACCUCACAUAAUAUUUAUCUAAUGAAUCCAGGAUUUGUAUUAGCUUUGUAUAAAUGUGGGGUGUUUUGUGGCUUUACAUUUUUUUUUAUAUUUGUAACUUUUGUAACUUUCCAGGGACUAAGAGAAUCUGCUACUUUGUAAAAAAAAAAAAUCCCUCUUGCCUUAGUUCAGCAUCAGCAAUAAAUUAUUUCUAAAGAAGGUCUUAAAGGCAUAAUUUUAAAAUGGUUCGGUUACUAAUAGACAAAAGCCUCUUUGAGAUUUACGUUGCUCUCUGUACAUACAUUGCAGGUGUUCCAACUAUUAAUAUUUGCCUUAUGUAAAUUACUGACGGUAAAUAAACAAUAUACAUCCUCACUGUG